AUGCUAAUCUUCAACCAUUCCAGCUUUAUAACCUUCACUCUGACAGGCAUACCAGGCUUAGAGUCACAGCACCCAUGGCUAUCUAUUCCUUUCUUCUCCAUGUUUUUGGUCAUCCUUAUUGGCAAUGGUGCUGUUCUCUUCCUGGUGGUGACAAAGUCCACACUUCACACACCAAUGUAUCUGCUCCUGGCCCUGCUGAUGGUAGUUGACCUCAUAUCCACUCUAGCUUUUGUGCCCAAGCUCCUGUGCCUCUUCUGGCUCAAUGACCAAGACAUAACUUCCAAUGCCUGUUUCACACAGAUGUUUUUCAUCCAUGGAGCAUCCGUAGUACGAUCAGCUCUACUUGUUGCAAUGGCCUUUGACCGUUUUGUGGCUGUAUGUGAACCAUUACACUACAACACAAUUCUGAGCCAUUCUCUAGUUGGACGCCUGGGACUGGUGGCACUAGCCAAAGGUGUGAUUCUUAUCCUGCCUUUUCCUCUUCUACUUCAAAGACUAACUUUCUGCCAUAUGGUCAUUCCUCACACAUACUGUGACCACAUGGCUGUGGUGAAAAUGGCCUGUAACCACACCAGACCCAAUCGUAUUUAUGGGCUUUUCGUGAUCUUGCUUGUGGUAGGAUUUGAUCUGCUGCUCAUUGGCUUCUCCUAUGCCCUCAUCCUGCAGGCUGUGGUUCGUCUCAAGUCUCGAGAUGCUACCUUCAAAGCCCUCAGCACCUGCUCAGCCCAUGUUUUUGUCAUCCUUGUCACUUAUGUGCCUGCACUCUUUUCUUCAAUCACCCACCGCAUUGGUAGUAAUAUUCCUCCUCAUGCCCAUAUUCUCCUAGCCAACCUCUAUCUUCUACUGCCUUCAAUGUUCAACCCCAUCAUCUAUGGUGUAAAGAUGAAGGAAAUGCGAGACAUAGUGGUCAACUGCAUAUGCAAAGGAAUGCCGUAG